CCUUAUCAUCAGUCAGUCUAUAAAUACUCAAUUUCCCUUCACUUUUCAUUUCCCAUUUUCCAUAGUUUCCCUAGAAAGAGAAGAGAGAGAAAGUAAGAGAGAGAUAGAGUGUGUGUGUGGAUAGUGGUAUUUUUGUCUUUCCUACAGUUUGUUUUGUAGGUUCGUCAACUGGGUUUUUUGGGUCAACGUCUAAUUGAGCUAACAAACUUUCGAUGGAGGCACACAAUGCAGCAAUGAUGACUAGCUCGACAAAUGUUAUCUUUCUGUCGAGUAUCGUGGGUCAGGAUGGACCAAAUCCGGGCCACAAAUGUGAUUGGAAAUGUCAAAACGAGCACGUUUGUGGAAACAUGUACAGAUGCAGGCUGACCGGGCUGACCCAUAUCUGUGACCAAAACUGUGACCAGCGAAUCCUUUAUGGUAAUCACGACUCGCUGUGCAGAGUCAGUGGACAGGUCUUCCCACUUUCACCUACUGAGCAACAAGCUGCAAGAGGUGUUCGUAGGAAGCUUGAAGCCGAAGCUUGCCCUUCCGAAACCUGUUCUUUCAAGCGUCGUCGGGAUGCAAACUUACAUCCUUCACCAUUCGAGAGAUCCUUCUCUGCUUUCAGCCCGAUCUGCAGUCAAGUUGGAGAUGGCAUGGACCUGAACUAGAUAACUCCAAUAAGCACUAUGAGCCUUUUUCUUUCUAACUCAUUUCUAGUGCUUUUAACCUUUUCAUGUUGGUGAACUAUGUGAGAAUCGUAUGUGCGGAACCUAGCGCGCCCCUUAUGUGUGGCAGAAGACUUAUAUUUCUUAAUUUAGUAUCUAUGUAGAAUAAUUUGAGACUUUAAUCUACUUUGGUGCUCCUAUGUUAUCAUAUUUGAUGUUUACUCUUAUUUUUAUUCGCGAUAGUAUCAUAUUGCGGGUUUUAUGUGGAUUAUUCUACACCUCCUUUCUCUUGUUUACUCCGUUGAGAUAUGCCUCAGAUAGCCUUAUUCUUGUAAUGAUGUUGUUGUUCUGGUCGCAAAUUAUAGGAACCCUUUUGUAAUUAGACCGAGUACCUACAAUCUCUUUAUCCCCCUUAUUUGAAAAAAAGAAGAAAAAUGAGCACAUAGUGGUUUGAUACUUCCUAUUCGGAUAAUAACAAAUUGUUGUUUGAGUUUUGACAUACGUGCGUUUCUUGGUGUUAUUUUGCAGGUUCACAAACUAGUCAAGGGAGUUCAAAUUUAGCUUAUCGCUGCAUUACUGAAUGAUUUCUUCCUUGUUUGUAGUUUCAGCGCAAUGAUUUCACUGAUGCGUUUUUCUCCUUCCCCUUUCAGGAAUGCUUAGAUAUGGCUAUUUGUGGCUUCCGAUGGAGGUGUCAUAAUCAGCAUCAAUAAGGUGGGUAAUCUAUGAAUGGCUAUGGCAGUUUGGUUAUUGACUCCUGCUUCCAAAAUCAUAUCCACAAAAUGAAUCUUGGCAAUGUGUGCAAUCUGGAGCUGUCUGCCAUAACAUGCUUCUGCGGGGCUCGUUCUGAUUUUGAUAUCACUAUCUGACCCUUCUCUCUAUCAAUCCUUGAAGCAGCUUUGGAGAUUCAGUGACUUUGGCUCAGCUUCUGAUCUUGCGUAUCGAUGUAUCCAUGGAUAUUACAAAUUUGACCGUAGCAACAAACUCGACGUCUUCUAUGUUUGUGAGGUGCUUUGGUACUGUGAUCUAUCCAUGGGUUAAAUUUUGAAUGGUAUUGCAUACGAAGGUUUGUGAUCUUAUCAGUACUUCAAUAUGAUCCCCUUACUAGCAUUGCACACGAAAUGCUUCAGAUAUAUAUAUAUAUAUAUCUCAGGCAGCUUUGAGUGCAUGUGUUUGGAGGCUUAAAGGAUUUCUUAAAUGAAGAGUCGUCAACGUCAUACACUCAUACAAAUAUAUGAAGGUUCUUAAGCUUACUGCUCCUUUUAAGACAUUUCUUAUUUCUGAACCCUGAAGCAUGUAGAUUUUUGUUGGAAGGCGUAAAACUUAAAGGAGAUAUUAUUAGGCCUAGAUUUGUGAUUGAUUUUGUAGGAUGAGUAGUUUUUAGUGUCUUGUUGUAUGAUUUCUUUUUCCUUUUAAGUGAAGCUAACCCUAAGAUUAGGGCAUGAUCUAUUUUGUUUUUGUAAUGACUUUUGGUCUUCAAAUGCAAUGUAUUUGGCUUCAAUAUUGUUCUUAUCAAUUGAGUUAUAGAAUGAUUUAUCAUAAUCCAAUUUUUGGAGUUGAAA